CUUGGUUUUUAAUUCUAAAACCAUUAGGAUCCUUAUCUCUCCACGUAUAACGUACGUACCUCUUAUAGUAUAGUAUUCAAUAGGUAUUAGGUAUCAAAGUGAAAGUUGAAACCCAGCCUCCUCCUUCUACUUGUUCUUGAUGAGGAUGAGAAUCAAGUGCGAUGUGUGCGAAAAGGGUGCGGCGAGCGUGGUAUGCUGCGCGGACCAGGCGGCUUUAUGCUCAAAAUGUGACAGCCAAGUGCACGCAGCUAAUAAGCUUGCAAACAACCACGAGAGGCUUGACUUUCAACUCUCCAACACCCCAACUCUUUGUGAUAUAUGCAGAGAGAAGCCCGCUUUCAUUUUCUGUGUCGAGGAUAGAGCUCUCUUCUGCCAGGAAUGCGACCACCUCAUUCAUUCCUCUAGUAAGCUAGCCGCCACCCACCAACGCUUCCUCGCCGCCGGGGUCCAACCCACCGCCUCCCCUUGCAACAACAACAAUCUCGACCCUAAUCACAACCAUCCCCCCAAACCCACUGCUCAGACUUUCCAAUCACCACCGCCCUGUCCGGACCUACUUGACUUCGAAGAACUCGAAUGGCUAACCGAGAUGAGUUUAUUCGUCGGAGGCAGCGGCGGCGACAGCUCCGCCCCUCAGGAACCUACUGCUAUGGUUUCUCCUCACCCUUCUUCAUAUAACAAACCGGCAACCAAAUCCAAUAACAAGAAGUCAAAAAUGGACAUCUCUACUAAUGUCGACCAUGAUGAAUAUUCCAAGGUUCCUGAUCUGGGCUGAUCAACAACACAGACACAGUUAUCAGAGUGUACUACUAUUACUAGUUCCUUU